AUGGAAGUCUGGUGCCUCCUCGUCGAUCACGAAAGCAGGCCUGUUGCUGGACAGCCGAUCAAGGUCCAAGUACCUUCCGAGACCGAUGUCGCUGACUUGAAGAAGAUGGUCAAGGAUGAGGCGUCGCCUCACCUUAACAAUACUGCUGCAUUCGAGCUUGAAGUGUGGAGAUUUACAAACUCAACAGCUGAUUUCGUCGAUAAUGAUAUGCUUGAGGAGCUAUACCUGGUGGUCAAGAUUCUGAAGACCGAAAGUGUCAGCACCCUCAAAGACUUGAUCAAGGAGAAACAGUCCCCUCGCCUCAAUCACGUUGCUGCCUUGGAGCUUAACCUUAGCCGGGUCUCCCUACCCGUGGAUGGUGACCUUGAAGAAAGACUCAAAACGCCAAUCUCGCACCAUUGGGGUUCUCCCUACCACUCUCGCAAAUGUUCCCCCACGUCGAAGAGAAUCACCUGCAUAUCGUCGUUCAAGCACCAGCUAAUGGGCCUGGGUACUAAUGACGCACGAGAACAGGAGAGGAGAGACCAGAUCCCUGCAUUGCGUGAAAGGUUUCAAAACGUCAUCUUGACUGCGUUGGCUCCUGCUGAUUCAGCAAAGUUGUCAAAUUACACGAAGUCCCAGAUUCCAUACUCCAUCUAUGACAGCCGCUACAAGGCAGACAAGCCCAGGACGAGCGUCGCACCUCCAGUUCAAUUAUUUCAUCCUGCUUUUGGACAUUUCUUGGACGAUAUGGAGAAGAGAGACGCUCCUCUCGACAACAUUAUUCCUGAAACAUCAACAUGCAAACGAUUCAGAAUGAUGACAAAACGACUCCUGACGGUCAUGGAAUUGGAGACACAUGGGUCACCCUUCAUGAUUCUUCAGGAAGAUAAAAAUGAAUUCGGAGAUGGUGGUUCAGACCCAGCGGGCUUGUCUGUGGGCCAUUGUUGGGCUCAGCCCAGGUAUGCAAUGCUUCGAAAUGCUACUGCCUGUCCCACAUUCCUCGUGGCCACCAACUCCGAACUCCGACUUCCGGAGCCCUACUUCCCUUCCGUCACCUUCUCCUUGCCGACUCCCAAGAGGUUAUCCCACCUCCGGCUCGGACACCACCUUCGGUCCGACUCCGGAACAUUCCGGGUCCGACCCCAACCUCGACACCUUCCAGACGAGUACACAACACCUAUGUCCCUGACUCCGGACCUCCGCUCCGGAAUCCCAUUGGCGUCUCCGUCUCCGGAACCUCCGGUCUUAGCUCCGACCUCGGACUUUGACCCCACCUCCGCUUAUACCCAUUGUAUUGACUCCGUUCUCAAUGAAUUGCACAUCACCUGCAUUGUACGAGCCUUCAAUGCUCUACAGGCGAGUCUGAAGAAACUUGGGUCAUAUUAUGAGGGUCUAGACACAGGCAAUCUUCCCGAUGAUUUGCACUACUUUCCUUCAAUUGCUGCUUACCCUGUUGGCGAUGGACGCACUAAUUUCAAAUAUGUUGGCUUCUUGGAAAAUGUCAUAUCCAUACAAUCCCGACCUCCGCUCCGGGCUCCCGGAACUCCGAACUCCGACUUCCGGAGCCCUACUCCCCCUCCAUCACCUUCUCCUUGCCGACUCCCAAGAGGUUAUCCCACCUCCGGCUCGGACACCACCUUCGACGAGUACGCAACACCUAUGCUCCCGACUCCGGACCUCCGCUCCGGAAUCCUGUUUGCGUCUCCGUCUCCGGAACCUCCGGUCUUAGCUCCGACCUCGGACUUUGACCCCACCUCCGCUUAUACCCAUUGUAUUGGUUAG